AUGUCAGAUCUCACUCUUGAACAAGUUGUUUUGAACAAUCAGAUUGCCACUGUGAAGAUGGCGAAUGAUGGAAUUGCAUUCAAGACGGCUGGAGCAGCAUUCAGUAUCAAAAAAGACGAAAUAAAAAACAUGGAGAUAUUCAGAGGAAUACAGAAGUACUGCUUCCGAAUUGUGGGAGAGAAGGACGUCUACGACAUUCUGAACGUGGAUGAGAGCCACCUGCGUGACAUCAAACAGAAUGCGUCACAGUCGUAUGGAAUAAGCAUCCCAACAAUUGAGCUAGAGAAUCUUGCUACCACUGACUGUAACAUGAUCUACAACAGCAACUUGCUCACAUUCAGCAACGAGAGUGUCAUCUGCUCCAUUCCAAAGGGGAAGAUCGAUAAAAUAGUUGAAAUUGACAAUGAGCUACAGUUUCAUAUAGGGGAGACUGAGGUGGUGCUAUCGACCAAGAGCAAGGCAAUAGACUUCCUAAAGAACAAGGUGAGUGAGGAAAUAUGUGUGAUAAGCAACCUGAAUUGCGUGAAUCCACGAUCCAGGUCUGCAAUAAUCUUCUUUGAGAAGUAUUUUGAGUCUCGUGGCUCAUCCUACGACCACAUCGUAUUCUACAAGAAUGUGAAGGAGUUGCUGUUUCUGGGGAAGGAGAAUGCGGAACAGUACAUGGUGCUGAGACUGGAGACGCCUCUUUUACAGGGACAAACCAAAUACGAGUCGAUGGUAUUCGCAUUGGAGAAGAAGGAGGUUGAGGUGACUACGAAAGACAGCAGAUUGAGAUCGUACUACAACGGAACACAGGACGAGGUGGUUGUGGAGAUAUUCGAGGCGAUGUUGGGAAUCAAGGCCCAGACGAGCGAGUUCCAGGUGAAGUGUACGAACAAAAUCAACGAUGGGCAUUUAUUCUUUAUGCAAAAUGGAAUACAAUUUCUACCAAAGCCAAUUUCAAUUGGAGCAGCUGACGUGAUUCUGGUUGAAUUCAGCAGGCUGAAUGUGUCAGCAAUGCAGGCAAAGACGUUUGACAUGGUCGUGCAUGCAGAGAGAGCCAACUCGUUCAACUCGAUCUCAAAGGACAUGUUCUCACUCAUAGAAGACUAUUUCAAGGGCCACGGCGUCAAAAUGGUCUCAGAGGUGAUUGAGGACGAGUACAGUGGGCCAUCGAACGAGGAAAGCGAAUCAGAAAGUGACAUCUCCAGCAUCAUAGCCAGGUCGGAUGAAUUGGAUUAA